CACACACACACUUCAAACGAGCUUGUAAACGACUCCCUGCUACUUUUUAUUCUGCUUGUAAAACUGUGUUUCAACUACAGAGUUUUAAAAAGCUGUGUGCUCCACCGGGCCCAUCUGGCAGCAGGCUCCGAGGCCUACUAUCACAUUUCUGAGCACAAAAGGAAAAAGAGAUUUAUUUCCUAUACCGGGUAAAUACAGUCUAACCAUGUGAUCCACACUUGGACCAAUGGGCAGCCGGGAAGAAGGUAAGGGCAGGAAAAAAAAAUACUACCAUUUUAGGGGAGGAUGUAAGCCACUAUACCAGCCCAUCUAACGUUUUACAGUCGCACUUAAGUGUCUUUUUAUUGAAAUAAUAAAAUAAACAUGUCGCUAACGAAUUAUUAUUCCAUGAUGGGGCUCCAGACUGAGGAGCCGUACGGUGCACAUUUCAUCCCGGGAGGCUUGCAGGGUUCGACGGUCGGCUGCGCAAAGCCAGCCCGGAGAGCGGAUGAGGAGGAGGGGACCCCCGGCCCACACAUUCCGGAUUUUUCACAUUUUUCCAACAAACAGACAAGCUUAAACGGCUUCUCUCCCUGGGCGAACACCUCCGCUUCCUCCUCGCCCUCUUCUCCGCAGCUGCAGUCCACCCCCGGCGCCUCCAUCACCGGCCUCUUCCAUCCACAUCCCCUCCUGAGCCACCACCACCCGUACUACGGCCCGCAGACGCAGAGCCACACCGAGCACCUCGCAUCCGCGGCCGCCUCCGAGAGCAGGUUCGUCCGCUGCUGGGAGGGGGGGACUCCCACCUCGGAGACCUCUCUGUCACACACCGGCUUCCCCGGGUGUGUCCCCGCUCAGGGUGACCUCUCCGAUCCGAGCCCGAGGUACGAGGCGGUAGAACCCGAGAGUUCACCGCCGUCACAAGACAGCCCCGGGGAUUCCAGCUUCGCUUCCCCGACUGAGGUGGUCCUCGAGCGGCUUGGGACCGUGGAGGAGCUCGGGAGGAAGCCGGAGCUCAAAAAGGAGGACGAGGAAAGAAAAGCAAAGCCACCACUCGACCCGGAAAACCCAUCAGCCAGUUGGAUCCAUGCUAAAUCCACCCGGAAGAAACGGUGUCCGUACACCAAACACCAGACCCUGGAGCUGGAGAAGGAGUUCCUCUACAACAUGUACCUGACCAGGGACCGGCGCCUGGAGGUGGCAGGACUCUUAAACUUGACAGAGAGGCAGGUCAAAAUCUGGUUCCAGAACAGACGGAUGAAGAUGAAGAAGCUGAUGAUCCGGGAGAGGAGGGGUGUGAAUGAAUGAUGGAUCUGGAGGAGAGGCUGCGGGGAUGUUUGUUUUUGCCAGGGAAGGUGAGGAGGUGGUGAUGUUAUAGCUGAUAAAUGAAACGCCACAAGAUGCCCAACAUCUUAAACAUCAGCUGGCAUGAGCAGGUGUUACUAAUCAUCGGAUUGUGGAGCUAACAUGGCUGCUUUGGAUAACUGCAGUGGUGAAACUGUGUGGGGGAGGCCAGGAUACGUUGUAACACUUUUACAGAAAAAUAUUCCUUUUAACGUCUUAUGGCUUUUUCAUGUCAGGUCCUCUGAACUCUGGUGUACAAUUCUUCCAUCUGCAUGUAGCAAAAUGAAGACAGUCAACCUGUCAGCUGGGGUUCUUGUAAAUAAUGCUCAGAAUAAAAUGUUAAAAUUUACAGGACGAUCCAUAAAUUGAAUUAAGAAAACAUACGAGUAGAUAUCAAAGACUUUGCUCAUUUUAAAACACAUCUGGUUUUGAUGAGGCUGUAUAUCUCACAUGUCCAAAACUGAAACUACUUGACACAUACUUGACUUCACAUAAAUUGUCUGUGCUUUGUGCCAAACUGUGAAUUGCAUUUUAUGAUUUAAUGCUAAAACUCCUCAUAAAAACUGCUUUCAGCGUGCCAGACAUGACUGUACCACUUCUGCUACGGCGUGAAAUAUUCGCCGAGUGUUUAUUUGUAAAUUGAAUAAAAUACUUGGGGGGAAGAAACCUGAACAAACAGAAGCUGGACACUUAAUCAUAAUAAUAAUGCCUAAAAUACAGAAGAGAGUGAGACAAAAUCUAAGAGAUUAAAUGGUGACUUUCUGUGGUAACUACACAGGACUAUGAGGACUUGGUGUGUUUAAUUGAUCCCUUUGCUGGCUUUGAUUUAAAAAUUCUUGGUUUAAAAGACUGUCAUUUGAAGUGAUUUGCAUGGUCCAGUGUUGGCUGGACUUCCUGUCAGUGUACUGUUAUUCAGUCUCAUUGCUCCUGGCUGACAAUACCAUAACCAGUGGUGCAGUGGUAGUUGAUGGGGUGGGUGAAGG